AGUCACGAGCUCCUUACCCACAUAGUCUAUAAGAACCAAGAAGCCCAAACACUUAAAACACCUUCAAGAUUCAACAAAUUCUUCCGGAAAUCUUUUUCUACAAAUAUCAUCGAUCAAAUUCCCUCUCUUAGAGGCAACAAUGGCAACUACACAGAGGAAGGUGGUUGUGUUUCCGAGCAAGAACGAAUUGUACGAGGCAAUGGCUAAGUACACUGCCAAUCUCUCCGCCAAGUUCUGUAAGGAGAAAGGCCUUUUCACCGUUGUUCUUUCUGGCGGUGAUCUCAUCGAUUGGCUUUGCAAGUUGGUGCAACCUCCUUACAUUGAUUCAAUCGAAUGGUCAAAGUGGCAUGUGUUUUGGGUGGACGAGAGGGUUUGUUCAUGGGAUGAUCCAAACAGCAACUACAAACUCGCCAUGGAUGGUUUUCUCUGCAAGGUACCAAUUCCAAGCCAGAAUAUCUACGCAAUCGACAAACAUUUGGCGAGUGAUGGUAACGCCGAGAACUGCGCUACACUGUACGAGGAGUGCCUGAGGAACCUAGUGAAGGAAAACAUAAUCCCUAUUUGCGCAAAGACCGGAUUUCCUCAGUUCGAUCUCGAGCUUCUAGGGAUGGGUCCUGAUGGCCACAUGGCAUCUCUCUUCCCGGGACAUAAUCAAAUCAAUGAGAAGGAAAAAUGGGUCACUUACAUUACCGACUCUCCCAAACAGCCACCAAAGAGAAUCACAUUCACUUUACCAGUCAUCAACUCAGCUUUGUACAACCUUAUGGCCGUUUGUGACAAGGAACAGGCCCAUGCCGUCGCCGAGAUCAUGAAGCAGAACAAGCCUUUGCCUUCUGCUCAUCUUAGUGCUCAAGUUGAAAAUGUUUGGUACCUUGACCAAGCAGCUGCUUCCAUGCUCUAGAGAGCCAAGUCACAUUAAUAAUGGUGGUUUUUUCUUUUUUUAAUAAUCUCUUUAAUUAAGUUGCUUCGUUAGACCGAGUUGGUGCGGUUUGCUUGCAUGUGUGUCAAAUAAUUA